UACCACCGUGGCGAGUUAAAAAUAUAUCUCGUAAAUUAAAAAUAACUUAGCGUGUGUUUUAAACAGAAGUUAUUAUUAAAACUUGUGUUAUUCUAAUAAGUGUGUGUAAUAAACAUUGUGUGUGUGUGUUUUUGAAUAUAAUUCGGUGAAUUGUGAUGGUCUUACAGCUAACGGUAUCUGGCUGGUGAAGUCUGAAUUUUAAAGCACACCUCGAUGUAGGCUGCAACGCGGAAGACGGAUGUGCAAUCAUGUAUUAAUUUUGAGUAAUUUUUAACGAAGUCGCAACAUGGCGUCGAGAUGGCCUGCUGCGGUGGUCUGCGUUGCAGCUGUGAUCUUCCACGUUGGUUUAACCAACAAGCUGCCGGUCUUCAUUCAAGACAUGGACAACUUCGCUCUCUAUGAAAGUACAGCGGUAGGAGAUAUUGUAUACACAUUACAAGGAACCACUGAUCCAGAGGGUUUGCCUAUCAAAUAUGGCCUUGUGGGGACCGAUAAGUUUUCUGUCAACUCUUCGACUGGCGAAGUUACACUUGUUCUCCCUUUAGACAGAGAGAAAGAAGAUACGAUUAAGUUCCUGGUGUCUAUUGAAAAUGAGGAUCCUGACACGAAAAAUCCAUUGUACCAAUCCCAGCCAGUCACCGUCAUUGUAUUGGAUGAAAAUGACAACCCACCAAUAUUUAAAAAUAGUCCUUACGAAGUUGAUGUGCCUGAAGACGAGGAGAUUGGAAAAACUAUUUUACGAAACAUUGAAGUUGAAGACAUCGAUUCUGUUGGAGACAGCUUAGAAGUUGGUUGCGUUCCUAACGAACAGUGGCCAGAAGUAUGUGACUACUUUGAAGUUGUGAGCCUACAUUCAACCGCCAACCAGUACAAUGGGGCUCUGGUCCUCAAGAAAAAGUUGGACUACAACGAGAAUCAGUUUUAUCAGUUUCAGAUCUAUGCCACGGAUGGUAGUCUCCAAUCAACAGCUCAUGUCGAAGUGAAGGUAGUAGACGUACAGAACAGUCCGCCCGUAUUUAGUGGAUCCCUCAGUGGGGCGUUAGCGGAGGACGCAGCUGUGGGGACGGUGGCCUUGGUCAUCAAAGCCAGAGAUGCCGACAGAGCUCAGCCGAGGGACGUGAAACUCGAACUCAUUACAAAUCCUCUUGACUUUUUUUGGUUGGACAGCACAACGGGUGAACUAAAAACAGCUAAACCAUUGGACAGAGAAGCGCUUGCUGAUCCGUCUUCUCCGCUCAAUUUAACAGUUAGGGCAAGCGAAAUAGUGAACGGUGUGCCUUUAGUCUCCGAACUUACAUCGUCUCUGGCAACGGUGACCAUCACCAUCAAGGACGUGAACGACGAGCCGCCGCGGUUCAACCGACGCGAAUAUAGCGUAGGGCUGCCCGAGAGCUUGCCGCCCGGGACGCCGUUACCCAACCUGGAUAUGGUGGUCACCGACACCGAUGUGGGUUUAAAUUCAGUAUUCACUCUCCGUCUGUCUGAUGAGAUGGGAGCAUUUGUGAUAGAACCCUCCGUGGCGACCGGCAGCGCUACCGUUACUUUGAGACUGAAUUCCAGUCUAGAUUAUGAGGAUCCAAAUCAGAGAAAAUUUAUUUUAGAGGUGAUAGCCGAGGAGCUGCACACUUCGCCGCGACUAUGGUCCAAGGCCAGCGUGACGGUGUCGCUGUGGGACGUGAACGACAACGCGCCGCAGUUCGCGGAGGCGGCGUACGGCGCGGCCGUGCCCGAGGCGGCGCCCGCCGGCGCGCGCGUGGCGGCGCUGCGGGCCGCCGACCGCGACACCGGCAGAUACGGUACAGAAGGCAUAGUGUACCAACUGUCCGGUAACGGAGCAGAACUGUUCCACGUGGACAACCGCAGCGGAGUGAUAACGGUGGCUCCGUGCGCCACGCCGGGCCGCCCGCCCUGCCUCGACUACGAGACCAGGAGAGACUAUUUCUUACAAUAUAAGGCUACAGACGAUGACGGAGCGGGACAGAUGACAGUUGUAUCUCUUCAAAUAUCCCUCACUGAUUCCAACGACAAUCCACCAGUUUUCAUCACACCCGUUUACAAAGCAUCUAUAGACGAGGAUGCUGUGAAAUUCGAACCAGAGUUGAUUGUACAAGCGAGGGACAUCGACACUACGUCUGACAUUCGGUACUCAAUAGCCUACCCUCCAAACUCUCCAUUCUGGAUCGAGCCCAUCACUGGAAGGAUAUCAGUACUAGGAAACGCUGUUCUGAACUCAACCGAAGAUAAUAAGAUUGUUCUCACUGUUUUGGCCACAGAUGGAGUACACAAUUCAACGUGCAAGGUAGAAAUUACAAUUCGAGACGUCAACAACCAUGCUCCGUCGUUUGAUACGGAUAAAUAUGAUGCGAAUAUCACUGAAGAUGCUCCUGUUGGUACUGAAGUCGCUGCAGUCCGAGCAACAGAUUUGGACAGUGGGGUAAAUGCAGAGAUCAAGUACGGCAUCCAGAAAGGAGCUCUGGACUCAUUCGUCGUGGACAACGUCACGGGCGUCGUCAGCGUGGCGGCCAAGCUGGACUUCGACCGGAAGAACACGUAUCGGAUACAAAUCGUAGCAACUGAUAUGGGUAUACCGAGUCUAACCGGAACAACGGAACUCACAAUCCACGUGAUCAACGUGAACGACAAGAAGCCUUCCUUCACUCCUCCCGUGCAGAGGGCGGAGGUAUCCGCUGACGCAGAGGUUGGCACCCUCCUGCACCACCUCACCGCGGUGGACCCGGACAUAACCGACAACGGACAGUUGCUCUACGAGUUAGCCACGGAUCGGCCGAUACGAGCCGUAGAUAAGAAUGGGAAAGAGGUGACGGAGGAGGGGAUAUUCGGGUCGUGGUUCUCCGUGCGCGCCGACGGCGGCGUGGCGGUCGCGCAGCGCGUGGACCGCGGGCGGGCCGCCGUGGUCACGCUGCCGGUCGCCGUCACGGACGCGUCGGCGCCCACGCUGCAGAGGACCAAUGGAGAAUUAAUAAUAAACAUAGUGGAUGUCAAUCGUCAUGCUCCCGUCUUCGGUCAGCCAGCUUAUGUAGAGCGAAUACUGGAGGAGCAGCCAAUAGGGACCGUACUCAACACGUACACGGCGACUGAUCGGGAGACGCCCAUCGCCGCAAUUGUCAUACACCCCCCGAGCCCCUACUUCGAAAUCGAUAAUGUCACUGGUGUUGUCAAAACAUCACAACGUAUCGAUUACGAGAAAAUCCAUUCGAUAAACUUUACGCUCGUUGCGUUCGACUCCGGUGUGCCGCAGCUGUCGACGUCUGCCGGGGUACUCGUGGAGGUUGUGAAUGUGAACGAUGAAGAGCCCAAGUUCACGAACUCAACGUACAGCGCAGAGUUGGAGGAACACGCGAAGGCGGGUACGAGUGUUCUUACCGUGUCUGCGGUUGAUAAGGAUGAAGGAGAAUUCGGUAAGGUAACAUACAGCCUGUCGGGCGAGUCGUCAUCGCUGUUCAGCAUCGACCCGCAGUCGGGCGUCGUGCAAGUAUCGGCGGAUGGCGGCGUGGACCGCGAGGUGUGGCCCGAGUUGUGGCUGCGCGCCGUCGCCACCGACAGUGCACCCGCACAUCUGCGCAAGUCCGCCAGCGUGCCGAUACACAUAACGGUGCUGGAUAUCAAUGACAAUCCCCCGAUCUUCACUCAGAAGGUAUAUAAGAGUACCAUCGCUGAGAACUUGCAGCUGGAUCCCCCCGCCGCGAUACUCCAGGUCCUCGCCGAGGACAAAGAUGUCGGGAUCAAUGGGAAAGUUGUUUAUAGCAUACUGCAACAAAGUGAAUCAGGAGUGUUCACGGUAGAUCCAAACAGCGGUAUAAUAUACCCCGCCAAAGCGGUGUCCGGCGACACGACGUACCAGCUGACGGUGGGCGCGCGCGACGCGGGCGGGCGCGGCCACGCCGACAGCGCGCGCGUGGACAUCGCCGCGCUGCGCGUCAACCGGCACAGCCCCGCCUUCGUGCGCCCCGCCGCCGACCUGCGCGUGCUCGAGGUGCCCGAGCACGCAGCGCAAGCCGAUUAUCUCGUAACGACGGUGGAAGCUACAGAUGAAGAUUCUGGAGAAAACGGUCAAGUUUCCUACUAUCUGAAAGUGGAUAAUCAAAAUGUUGGUGAAACUCAAGAGUUCAGUCUCGACAAGAAUACAGGCGAGCUUAAGACGAAAACUUUCUUAGAUAGAGAACAACAGGCUGAAUAUCAGUUGGUAAUAGCGGCAGUAGACAAUGGUAAGCCAGCUCAAUUUGAAACGUUGCGUCUUCUAACUGUGGUGUUAGUGGAUGACGAAGAUCACGCUCCAAGGUUUCUUCAUCGCCACUACCAAUUUUCAGUAAAAGAAAAUCUACCUUCUGGAAUUAUUGUUGGAAGCGUCAAAGCGAUAGACAAAGAUUCGGGUGAUAAUGGAAAGGUAUACUAUCAUGUACUGGAAGGCAAUCAGGAUGGAGGAUUCACACUAGACAGAACACAAGGGAUCAUUCGAGCUAAUAUGACUUUUGACAGAGAAAUAGAAGACGAAUAUUCGAUGACAAUAUAUGCCAGUAACAAUCCGAUACUAGAGCAUGCGGCGGCCAUCUUGAACUCCAUAGACAACAGCACAGAUAGCCAAGACAUCAGUGUGACCACUGUUAAAAUUAAGAUAUUAGAUGAAAAUGAUAACGAGCCGAAAUUCCAACAAAAAAUAUAUUAUGCAGGAAUUAAACAUACGGCCCGCGUCAACGAGCCCAUCAUAUCUAUCGUCGCUGAGGACCCCGACCUCGACGAGAAUGGCACGCUGGUCUACAUGGUGGCCGCCUCGAACCUGUACAAGUUCGGCGCGUCUCAGUCCACUGGCAGCGUUGUGCCUUCACCGUUUAACGUUAGCCAGGACGGUAUUCUAACGACGGCUAACUACAUGUCUGAGUACAACAACGACCGUUUCGUGCUGGACGUUAUUGCACAGGAACUUGCGCCGCCGCACAGACAGGCCAAGGCCCAGGUUUAUCUCUGGAUAAUCGACCGAUCAUCCCUCAUCCGAAUGGUAGUAUCUCGAGGAUGUUCAGCUCCAGUGGAAGGGGUACAAAAGAAGCUUGCUGAUGCUGGACAAGCUUUGCUGGUCGCGGGUAGAAGGCUACCACUCGUGCAAGCGGAUAGGCGGUAUGACGACUGGUGUGAGAUCCAUUUACACGCAGUGGACCCGGAGUCGUACCAAGUGUUACCAGUUGACAAAGUGCUAGAAACUAUCGACUCGAAAUACGACCAGCUCAAAGAUGUGUACCAGCAGUUUGGUGUCGAGACCCUCAUCGCUGCCAGUGCUACUUCGAAAGCGCCGGACAGUUUCGAUCCAGCUCUGGCGACGCUGAUAGCUCUUCUGAUUGUGCUGUUUACGGGAAUUGUGACAUUUAUAGUCGUUUGCGCCUGUCUUAAGCAUUGGGCGCCUUAUUCCAGGGUGAUACCCCCUCCAUCGCUUCAAUCGAGCAAAGGUGACAGUCUGGCGAGACGGCGAAUAUUAGAAGAGUUGAGCACUACUGAGAACCCUCUGUGGCUGGAGACGAAGUUGAGACCUUACGAAGAACAGGAACUGACCAUGAACGUCUUCGGAGAUCAAAACGAACAGAAUGCGGAACAGCCUCCCUUAGCCGACAACACGUACGCCACGAUAGCGGGCGGGCGCGGCGACUACGCCACGCUGGCCGGAGACUCGCCCACGCCGCUCGAGGCCGCACUCGGCUUCCAGGGCAGCACGUUUAAGCCGCCUUCUCCUGAUACGCCGGAGCCUCCCCCGAGACCGGCUGGUCUCGGACCAUUGUCAUGAUCACACACUAAAACAGGAGUUUAGAAAAAUAUAUCAUAAUAUCAUGUAAAUAAAGACUUAAUUUAAAUAACGCAUGUUGGCAAUGUAUUAAUUUAUUAAAAACGAUAAUCUAAUGACAAGUUGAAACAAUGUAAUUCGUAUUAUACUAAACUCUUUUCAUAUACACCAAAACUAUAUAAUAUAUAAUACCAGUAAUCUAACUUAGCUGACCAGAAGUCUUCGACUAUUGUGUUAUAAUCUUUACUAAUGUUAUAAAUGCGAUAGUGUCCUUGCUAUGCUUUCACUUAUGAUAAUGAAAUUUUGAUUAAAAGUUGUCAGGGAAAAAGACACGAGUACCUAACAUCUCCUCGCCCCGAAGCUGUGCGCGGCUGUUACGAAAUAUGCGUAACCGCAUUUCUAACUAAGAUACGAUAUUACUAUAUAUAUAUACUAGUCUCGUUUGUUCAUAAAAAAAAUACUUCCAGUUCAUUUUAGAUUGCGAAUAUUAUACUUGUAGAUAUAGGUAUAUAGGUUAUAUAUUAAGAUUUAAUUCGAAUUAUGAAUGUUAUUAGUAAUUAACAGAUGAUUUAAAAGAUAUUUUCUUUAUAUUUUUUAUCUCUUUUAAUAUUUUCGUAAAGGUUAAUAGGUUGUCAACGUCCGUUUUACUUGAUGUAAAUAGUAGGUAAUGCAUAGAUUAAGUUAAUAAUUUCUAUAGGCAUAAUACUGACAUUGUUAAUUAAAAAAUCGGUCUCGAUCUAUGUUCAUAUCAAAGAAAAAUAAACCCUUUUUUUUCUACAGUAGCAUAUUUUUUUGACUUGACACAAUAAUAUGUAAAUAAUCACAAAUAUUAUGUAUAUAAAUAAACAAUAUAUUUUAAGAAAUAAAAUCAAAACGUACAUGCCUUUUUGUAUAUUAUACAUCCUGCCAAAAUCUACAAAUAUUGUUUAAAAUUAUAUUAGGAAAAAUAUAUAUGACUAAAUAUUCAAAGAAUUAAACAUCCGUCCUAUGAAAUAAUUUGUGAAUUAUGUAUAAAACAAUAUUUAUUAGUAUGUUGCCAAAUAUUUCAAAACGCAUUAAAAUAAUUUUGAUAAAAUUUGCCUUAUCUGUUUGACAAGUGGGGACUAGAGUUGAAAUUCGUCAGCCUAAAUGAAACGGAAUUAUAUAUCUAAUGUAUAUAACUACAAAGGUCUGUACUAAAACACAAAUAAGGCAUUUAUUUUAUGUUAAUUUUUUAAGACCGGUAACUUUUUUAAAAAAGAAACAUUUGCUUACGGAUAAUAAAAUUGUUUAAUUGGCGUCUAUAAUUUUUUUAUUUAUACAAUAGGUGAUUUUUAAUUCCUGUCAUUUUCAUACAUUUUACUCUUUAAUCCGUUAUUCGUUGUAGAAAGUACAUAGUAACAAACUAAUGUUAACAUCUGAAUUACGCUUCGCAGACAAUUCUACUAUCAGUAAACGAAACGAAUCGUUUCUUGGUUAGAGUAAGCAAGCGUGAUUUAAACUAUUGUUUUGUAAAUUAAAUAUGAUAUCGAUUAAAAUAAAUGUUGAACUAAUAUCAAUGACUGCGGUACUUUUUCAAUGUUUUCUAACAUAUAAAAAAUUAAUUGUCAAGCGAUAUAUGUAGAACAAUAUUUAUAUAGUCUUACCAUAAAGUAUUGCCAUAGUAUUUUAUUGUGUACAAAAUAGGUUAUACUAUUUCUAGCUAUGUAAGUUUAUAUUGUUUGUGCUCCUCUGUAUAUAUAUGCUUUAGUCGAAUAUUAUUUUUUAUGAAACGUACAACGAAAUAAAACUAUAUUUAACUAA